UAACAUUGUUCGGAAAUAAACAAAGCAAAUCACAUGUGAUUUUGAAUUUUUGAAAUUUGAAAGUUAAAAGUUCUUUUCUUUUGACGUUUUUUUGUUCAAAAGUUCGAAGAAUUAUUAGAAUUUAAAGCAAAAGUAAUUUUUAUUCAGUUUCAAGUAUCACAGCUCAGUCGAAUUAAUGAUUCCGUGAUAAUGUCAACUAAUGAAUUAAUUACACUACAAUUCGGACACUAUUCGAAUUUCAUCGGUUCUCAUUGGUGGAACAUUCAGGAAGCUUCUUUCAUCUAUAAUGCCGAUGUUGCACCGGAAAUAAACUACGAUGUUUUAUUUCGAGAAGGUGAAAACCUCAAAAAAGAAGUCACUUUCACUCCACGUCUCUUAUUAGUGGACGUUAAAGGUAGUCUAGGAUGUUUUCCGGAACGUAGUGACUUGUACGAAGAUCCUGUAGUACCUGAAAUAUCAGAAGAUGUUGUUCUGUGGUCAGAAAACGACACUGAAGUUAAAGAAGAACCGAAGAGAAAGAAGAAUCAGUUUUUGGAAGACUUGGAACGACAAGAAGAAGAAAUCAGUGAACCUGGUAGCGUUGAAAAUGCCAUCAAAAUGUAUCAUUUAGAUGACGACGUUACUGUCUGGUCUGAUUAUCUGGGAACUAGAUUCCAUCCUAGGACCAUUAACCUUAUCAAUGAAUAUCAGCACGGUAAUCAGGAGCAGUUAUUCGACACAUAUGCUCAAGGCACUGAGCUCUGGAAAAGUGAGCUUUUUUCGGACGAAUGGGCUGAUAAAUGUAGAAUUUAUGCAGAAGAGUGUAAUUAUCUGCAGGGUUUCCAAGUAUUAUUCGACUGCGUCGAUGGAUUUUCAGGAUUAACGAUUUCUGCCAUUGAAUAUCUUCAAGACGAAUACUCCUCUAAGUCUAUUUUUGGUAUCCCUAACAUCGCCUCUUUCUACGAAAAUUCCACUGUUAAUCAAAGUUUGAUCAGAACUAUCAACGGUGCUUUGAGUUUCGCUGAAUUAUCCGACUUUUCGGUGCCAUUUGUGCCACUUAGUACUGCUACCGAAUUCUGGUACGAACCAGCUUCACCGAGAAAAUUUAAUAAUAUAAAUUACAAACACAAUUUAUGGUACCAUAGCAGCGCCUUAUUAGCUUCGUAUCUAGAUUCAAUGAGCCUUAUUUAUCGAAAACGAACAAAUCCGAUUCGAUUGUCGAGUUUUCUGUCGAGAUUGGUGCCUUCUGGAAGAAAAUUGUUAAAUGGAACGAUGCGGUUACCUUUUCCUGUUUAUCCAGAAACGAGUAUUUUGGAGUGUUUUGAAAAAUUAUCCGAUCCUAUUUGGACCCCUGUGACGCCUCAUGUCAAUGUUACCGUAGAUUCGUCUGAUCUACACGAUAUCACUAUCAGAGGACUGAACAAAUUUAGAUUAUUGCCAGACUUGGAGAAGAGAAACUGCUCAAAUCCGGCGUACAAAUGUCAAAAUGUCGAUGAAAUGUUGAUCUCAUAUUUCGAGUAUUGUUCAGAUCCGGGUAUAAGAAAAUCAGCUGUGAUUAAUUCCUUCGAAUUACCUCUCAAAGUACCCGUAUCUUUUCCCAAUAUAUUCGACGAAUAUGUCACCAGGACUGGUUACGUUUCAACUGAUACGUUUCCUAUGUCGUUCUCUGUUAUCGAAGCUCCUAUGCUGACUGGACUGCAUAAUACCUCAAAUUCGGCAUCUCUACUUACUGAUCUACAUGAAAAAGCUGCCAAAAUCAAACUAAAGCAAAUACAUCAGUUUUCUGCAGCAGGUUUGGAACAAUUAGAGUACAACGAAUCGCUUGAAAAAUUGUUAACUCUGAGAGACAAUUAUGAGGAUUAAUUUUUUGGAGAGUUCUUUUUGUCGAAGAUGUAAUUUCAUUCAGAUAUGAGCUUGUUUUCUUUAAAAAUCAUAUUUUUUAAAAGAAAAAAUAAACACAGAUACAUCGUUA